GCGCCGCCCAAUUCCACGUCUUCUUGGCUUCAGCUCCCGACGACAUGAGUCCAGAACUAACCAUCACCCAACUGCCAAGCAACCGGUAUUGGUAAAACAAACAUGAACAAACAUAUCCACUCCCAUCUCCAUUGCUUAUCUCGACUCUUACCAGCUGGGCUCCUCUUUCUCACGGUAGUCGGCCCCUUCCAGUCUGGAAGUCGGGCGGAACUUGAUUUCCACUGCCGGCAUGGUACGGCCUACGGGCGGGUACGGGGUGGGAGGACUUCACGUGUAACCUCCAGUUUUGCCUCAUUGAAUACCGUUUGCCUGAAGGAGACAGUCAAGCAGUCAAAUCCUGCCUCAAAAACCCAGCAAGCAGCCAAGUGGUGAUAGCUUCCCAACAUGUCGGUAACUCGUCCCAAGAGUGCGGUUGGUGCAUUAGUCCCAAGAAUCGAUCGGAGCGCCGUCCGGGUGGGUAACGUUCCAGACC